UGGCGUGGCCAAAAUCUUCUGGGGAAGAUUCUCAUGUAUGUGCGCAACAAGAUCAGGUGGAAGCGCCCUGACCUCGCCAGCCGGCCCCAGGUGCAGGAGGCUGCUGCCGCUAUGGAAGCGGAACAUCGCCUCAUCCCUUCAAAGGCCGGUUUCGCAUCGGCGGCUGGACCGGCCAUGACAGCGGAUUCCCUGGGUGCAUUGAACAUGACGGCGUUACAGACCCAGCUGCACUGUCCCGACAUGGGAUUGCGCGCGCCUGUGACCGCACCCCCCACUCUCGGAGAACCCACACCAGAGGUAUCCAUCGCUAUUGCAGCGGCACAGCAAAACAAAGCCGACACGGACGCGAAGACGCCGGGUAAGAAUUGACGCGUCCUUGAGGCAUCACGCGAUCUCAUGCCCAAAGGCAUUCGGACCGACACCGCCUGGUUAAUUGUUGAGCCGUUUGUCGUGACAGGACGGCAAGCGAGCCCGCCUGCCUGUAGUCAUACGUGCAACCGGUUGAGCUUCCAUUUGAAAAAGGUAAAUUGUAGCUAGGCAGAGCAGGUUUGGAUUUAUGUGCACGAAUACAUGAAUGCAAUCAGGACCUGAACAGCUUCAUUGGUAAUUGACAGGAAGGGGUGACGGCUCUGGAGGUACAACUAAACAGGCUGUGCGGUGUACACCAAUGAGAUCUUACUUUGGGUUAAGGAAACCGUCAUUCACUGGGCAUUCGCAGCGCUGGCUCCCCGGAUUCUAAGGAUUGUGAGACCUGUGCGCAAGCGUUGCUUUUCCGCGGCAUAAAGCUUUCCAAAGCCAGGAGUCCAGAUACUUCAUGAUGCGGGAACUCGAUGAAUGUCCGGAAAAUAAUGUUCAUUGACUAGCUCGGGAUAGCCCUUUUCAAGCUGUUGCACAUUUUACGAUAUAGAAGUCAGCAUACGUUAUUGGAAAAUAAUAUGGACUGUCAGGGGUUGGUUGAAAGGUGACACUCCUGACGGCGUCCUGAGCGUAGUACUUAGAUGGGUCGCCGGAACGCAGGAAGCCGAUGUGUGUGUGGAUAUCGAAAUGCAACGUCAAUUAAGGACUACCCAACUGAGACCGGCGGCGUGGGGCGCAACAGAGCAACCCGCAGAUAUAUAUGCAGCGUAAAAAGCGCCAAGUAAUUAUGUAUGGUGCUCACCUUCGCCUUUAUUUCCAGCACCGCGGUCUCAACUUGAGCCUGGACGGGACCGAUUGUCUGCACGUAGCAUGUAGUACCUCGUCGAUUGCGGAGGUGUCUGGGCUGUGCGACGGCUUGCGCCGUAAAAAUAACUCGUUGACUACCGAGUUGCCUUGGUUGUGCGAUGGUCUUGCAGUGCGGCCCUGUACUGUGGCAACGCAACAUUCGUUGUGCUCCAGGUUCAUGCCUGUCUGUAUGUGUCUUCAUUAUUAGCAUCGACCGCGCCAACCGGCUGACCAAUGCCUGUACGUCAGUCUUA